CAUCUCCUUCCCUCCCUCCUCUUUCUCUCUCUCUCUCUCUCUCUCUCUCUCUCUCUCUCUCUCUCUCUCUCUCUCUUUCUCUCGCUCUCUCUCUCUUUUUCUCUCGCUUUCUUUUUGCCCCCAAUAUGCCAGUGCAGACCGUUCCAGGCUGAGGGAGAGGGAUAGAAAGAGAGAGAAAAGAACUAAGCAAAGAAGUCCUCCAUUCAUCUUUGCAUCUUUCUUUUUUGCGUUUUCCUGGGUUUGUCGUUCUCUCGCCGCUGAUCUCUCUUUCCACCGUGCUGUUCUGUGAGCAGGGCAGACUGGGAUGGGUUGUGGAAAUUCCUCUGCCGCUAAUACCACAGCGGGAGGUCCUGCGGAGGCUGCGAAAGAUGUGACAGAAGACCUGUCACAAGACGAUGAGAAGAGAAGGAACUAUGGUGGGGUGUAUGUGGGACUACCAGCAGAUAUGAACCCAGUGGCAGCCAGUCAGUCCAAGUCCACACGGAAAGAAUAGAAUUUAUACACAGAGCACCAAGAAACCACACUGCAGGAAAGUCAGUUCCAUAUAUAGAGAAGGAGAUUACUUUUCGACCAAACCAGACACCAAAAAGACCUCUGUGUGACAUUGCCCUGUUUCCGGUCCUGUAUAAAGUGAAGCUGUGAGAGUCUUCUUUGGGAUUCCACUUGUACAGGAACUCUGGCUCUCCGAGCACCUUGGAAACGUGACCGGCACGAGAUCCGGACACUGAAAUGCCAUUAAAGAUAAAAUGGCAUUUGUAGCUCAGGAAAAGCCGUAAUGAUGGCAUCUCAACAUUUAAACCUCGGCUCAGACUCUGCAAUAAAGGACUAACCUGCAUUUACUCCAGUGUGAAACCCCACUGCUAUAAUAAAACCACUGAAACACAUCUUCACACACCUGUAAUGUCUACAGUGUAUAGGGAAGAAUAGUCCUUGCGCUCAGUCCAGCAUUAUGUAGUAUCCGAAAUGAAGCUGUCCAGACGUUCAUCCAUGACCACAUUAACCCCAAAUAAAUACAUCCCUCCUCAUGUUUUCUAGAUACAGUGUGAGUUUGCUCUGAUGAACUAGGAAGCACUGGGGACGAAUUUGUAGUGGCCUUUUCUUAAUUACUUUGCUGUAUUUUAUUUUCAUGUACAUUACAUUAUUUGUAAGUGCAUUAUGUUUAUCUAAGAUUGUGUAUAAUGAAGAAAAAUGUAUACGCUUUUUUUUUAAAAGAAAUAAUUUUGCCAAAUAAAAUGGAGCAUUUUGGGAUUUUAAUGCUGAGAAGA